AAUUGGGGAGAUCAAAAGAAAGCUCAUCAAGCAAGAGCAGGGGUAUCCCAAGUAUUAAACAGAUUAACUUUUGCUUCUACACUGUCCCAUUUGAGACGUGUUAAUUCACCAAUAGGUAGAGAUGGUAAAUUGGCUAAACCCCGUCAAUUACACAACACAUUGUGGGGUAUGAUUUGUCCUGCAGAAACUCCAGAAGGUGCAGCUGUAGGCUUGGUGAAAAAUUUGGCUUUAAUGGCAUAUAUUUCGGUAGGAAGCCAACCAUCUCCGAUCUUAGAGUUCUUGGAGGAGUGGUCUAUGGAAAAUUUGGAAGAAAUUGCUCCAUCAGCUAUUGCAGAUGCAACAAAAAUAUUUGUAAAUGGAUGUUGGGUUGGUAUUCAUAGAGAUCCUGAGCAACUGAUGGCUACAUUAAGAAAACUUAGACGCCAGAUGGACAUCAUUGUAUCUGAAGUCAGUAUGAUCCGUGACAUAAGAGAUCGUGAAAUAAGAAUAUAUACAGAUGCAGGAAGAAUUUGCAGACCCUUACUCAUAGUUGAGAAUGGAGCUUUACUAUUAAAGAAGAAACAUAUUGAUCAUCUUAAAGAAAGAGAUUAUAAUAAUUACGGAUGGCAAAAUUUAGUAGCCAGUGGUGUAGUUGAAUAUAUCGAUACAUUGGAAGAAGAAACUGUAAUGAUCGCCAUGAGCCCUGAUGAUUUAGCACAAGUUAAAGAAUAUGCUUACUGUUCAACAUACACACAUUGUGAAAUUCAUCCAGCUAUGAUUUUGGGUGUUUGUGCAUCUAUUAUUCCAUUCCCAGAUCACAAUCAAAGUCCAAGAAAUACAUAUCAAAGUGCUAUGGGUAAACAAGCCAUGGGUGUCUAUAUUACUAAUUUCCAUGUGAGAAUGGAUACACUGGCUCAUGUUCUCUACUAUCCACACAAGCCCUUGGUCACCACACGAUCCAUGGAAUACCUACGUUUCCGAGAAUUGCCAGCAGGUAUUAAUUCAAUUGUUGCUAUCCUAUGUUACACAGGAUACAAUCAAGAGGACAGUGUUAUUUUAAAUGCGUCUGCUGUCGAAAGAGGAUUCUUUAGGUCUGUGUUUUACCGAUCAUAUAAAGAUUCCGAAUCAAAAAGGCUUGGUGAUCAAGAGGAACAAUUUGAAAAGCCUACAAGACAAACAUGCCAAGGAAUGAGAAAUGCCUUGUAUGAUAAAUUAGAUGACGAUGGUAUUAUUGCGCCAGGAAUUCGAGUUUCCGGCGAUGAUGUCGUCAUUGGAAAGACAAUAACAUUACCUGAAAAUGAUGAUGAGCUCGAAGGCACAACAAGACGCUAUACAAAACGUGAUGCUUCGACAUUUUUGCGAAACAGUGAAACUGGAAUUGUUGAUCAAGUUAUGGUAACACUGAACAGCGAAGGUUAUAAAUUUUGCAAAAUACGCGUUCGCUCAGUACGCAUUCCUCAAAUUGGGGAUAAGUUCGCUUCACGUCACGGUCAAAAGGGGACCUGCGGAAUCCAAUACAGGCAAGAAGAUAUGCCAUUUACUUGUGAAGGAAUUACGCCUGAUAUUAUUAUUAACCCACACGCUAUUCCAUCUCGUAUGACAAUUGGUCACUUGAUCGAGUGCAUUCAGGGUAAAGUUUCAUCCAAUAAAGGAGAAAUUGGUGAUGCCACGCCUUUUAAUGAUGCUGUAAAUGUGCAGAAAAUAUCGUCGCUGUUACAAGAAUAUGGCUACCACCUACGUGGCAAUGAAGUUAUGUACAAUGGCCACACUGGCCGCAAAAUAAAUGCUCAAGUUUUCUUAGGGCCAACAUAUUACCAACGUCUUAAGCACAUGGUAGAUGACAAAAUCCAUUCCAGAGCCCGAGGACCUGUGCAAAUUUUGGUGAGACAGCCUAUGGAGGGGAGAGCUCGCGAUGGCGGUCUACGUUUCGGUGAGAUGGAGCGCGAUUGUCAGAUAGCGCACGGCGCCGCCCAGUUUCUGAGAGAGCGGCUCUUUGAAGUGUCCGAUCCUUAUCGUAUACACGUUUGCAACUUCUGCGGAUUGAUAGCCAUUGCAAACUUAAGGAAUAAUACAUUUGAAUGCAAAGGCUGUAAAAAUAAAACUCAGAUAUCCCAAGUGAGGUUGCCCUACGCCGCCAAGUUGCUUUUCCAAGAGCUCAUGUCUAUGAACAUAGCACCAAGAUUGAUGGUAGUAAACUAAGUUACCUACCGAAAACAAUCCCUGAUGGUGUUAAACUAAAAUCUAAGUUAUCUAUGUAAGUUUAUGGGAUGUAUAACCAAUAAAAUUUUUAAAAUUUUA